AGAAAUAAUCCGAUCACCAGUUCGUAAAGGCAGCGCCGGCGGUCCGGCGGUGGGCGGUGGCUGCGCGCAUCGGCUAUCAGAAUUCAGAUCUCGCAGCGGGCGUUUCCUGUGGGCUUCCUGCCUGGCUACCUCCAAGAUGCCCGGCCCCCGGGAGGCCGGGAGGUGCGUGCUCUUUGCUUGUUCAACCCCCCGCCCCCACUUGGAACUGGUUGGGAUGGAGUAAUGCGGCGUUGCUGGGCGCGGGCAUCGCCUUCCCUUGUAAUCAGGGCGCUGAGAAUGUGAUUUGGUGUAGCGGAGGUAGACGAUUGGAAUCCGGCGCAGCGCCACUAGGAGCGGUGAUCUAAUUAUGUAGGUAAGCACUAGGCUGCUCUUGAGUUGUUACAUGAACUGUGCAGUGCAGCGAAAUAGUGUGCUCGAUUGUUUGGAGGCUUGCAGCUACUAGUACAGUAGAUCACUUCUUAAGUUACAGCAUGAAUGUCAUAGUGGUCGUUGGUUUGUUAAUAAUCAAAUUUGCACUUCCGGCACUGCUGGUUAUUCUUAGACACGUGACGUGUAGAUUGGCCACGGAAAAGGCAAAGGUUGCAGAAUGUGGCUAAUGAUUCGAAUGCGCAUUGUAUGCUGCUGGAGUGCUGGGUAAUGAAGUACCUUGUAUUCCCCAAACUCUAGGAGUACACAUUGUACCCAACCAUGAUUGCAGGAAAAAUCUCUGUUAGGAAUUGCAAAAUUGUUUGAAACUGCUACCACAGAACCAUUUAUGGGUCAGCUUAGCAACCUAGAGAACCAGAAGCAAGAUCACUAAGUCGUUCCAUAUACCUUGAAAAGGGCGCAUAGUCCACAGUUUCUGGUACUUUAAAAGAGGGAGUGUUGAGAAAAUCUCUCUAAACAAGCCCUCAUGUUAAGUGUUGUAAUUUCUUGGGAGGAAAUCAAGCUCACCAAUUUGAAUAGCUAUGGAUGGACAAGUAAGUUGGCAUUUCAAAUUUCCCAGUAGUCCAACUGCCAAUCUGAAACCCUUGCAUCCCCCUAUUGUUUUUAACAUAUUCUGCAUUUAUUUGAUAUACUUUUUCAUAUAUGAAGAAUCAUAAACACAUUUGUGAUUCUUAAGAUCCUACGUUACUCUUUUGUUUCUGGAACUUAUUGCUACCUUUUUCCUUCACAUCUUCUUAAGAACUAUUAGCAGUGUUCAAAUCUUUCAGUUAUUCACAAUUCUAAUACUGUGUAUUAUUGUGUAUAUACAUUAAUGAUAUUUCCAUAUGGUAGCCUCAUAUUUAUUUUAGUUAGACCAAGCAACUGUCCGUACCUUCUUGUUAUCAAAUGCAUACUUUCUAUUUCUACUUCUUUCUACUGUGUAGUGUGGACCACUGACUCAGAGAUAGUCAGGAAACGUGCUGAUAAAGGAGUUGUUUAUGGGUUGCAGUUUUGGCCCAUGACAGAAUGAUUCUUACUGUUAAGUCUUUUUCUGCAGACGCAUUCUUGCCUCACUAAAAACAAAUUCUAGACACUGUUGGCCCGGGACCAUUUCUUCAAGCUGUCCACAUUAGUUUAUUUAACCUUUUUUUACUGUUAAUCCUUUUAAGUAAACAAUUGUCCUUAUUAUGGGACCAGGUCCAACCGUACAUUGACUCAUGGAUUACUAAUAAAGUUGGGUGGUAGUACACAAGCCACGGUUCAGUAUCAUGCUCAGUGAGGUUUAAGCUAUAUCACGCUCCUGUUGAUUAGACAACUCCUCCGAUGAAUAUUCCCUUCUUCCUUCUAUUAUUGUCUUGUUACCUUUUGCUUGUGGAGUGUGGACCUGCCUGGUGGCCACGCAUUACUGGAGCUCUUCUGCAGGCAAUGGCAAGGAUAUCUGGUAACCUACAGUGUUGGUAUGAUUGCGGGAAACAAAACUUUUUUGCCCUGGUCAGGAUACUUUUUGAAUUGGACUUGUUUGGCAAUGAUUCCAAUGGUUGUGCUUUACAGUAGGAGACCUUUUCUCUUGUGUUUGCCGAUGGAAUCGUCCUCUAAAGUAAAAAAGUGGCUGUGGCUCUAGAGAGUGAUCCACUGACGAACAAUACUGUAGAACUUCUCUUAAUCCAUGCUUAGUUAUCCAUGUUUAGUUGAAUAGUACUCCAUCCAUUCCAACUUAUAAGACAUUUUGGCUUUUCUCAAUACAUUGUUUUACUAUGUAUCUAAACAUAAAAGCCAUGUAUCUAGAAAAGUCAAAACAUCUUAUAAUUUGGAAAUGAUUGAGUAGCUGACAAGUUUAUUCAGUUGUAUAUGUAAGUGUAAUCGCAUUACUUGCAUUCUUUUCUUUCAUAUACAUAAACACUGUUGAAUAGGAUGAUGUAUAUGCUUAACUUGUGAGAUCAAUAGUAUCUUAAUUCAAUCCCAGGGGCUGUCUUACCCCCUCACGUUGAGUUUUUUUUUUAUGGAUGGAGGUUGCGUUUCCAUAUAUAAUUUUCUUGACCAUUUUAAUUUUAGUUUCUUUCCCUCAUUUGGUCAGUUCUUUGUUACCACAUUGUCAGUUGUGAACAUGGUGGUUUUUUCUAUACCGGUUGAGUUUGUUCUGGUAUGUAUCUGUGUUUUAGCCAGUUGAGUUCCAGAAUCUACAGAAGGGAUGUACAAUCUUAUGGUGCAUUAAUGUCCGAUGCACAUUACAUGAUAUUACUCAGUUGCUAAUUGCAAGUAUCUAUUUUUUGGUGAAAGACAGUUGUAACUAUUGUCAGAUAGCACUAGCAAACUGCGAAAAGGGUCUGUCCAAACCGACCAGACAUUGUGUUGGCAGGCAGAUCUGCUAUCAAGAUACGGUGUUCUCUGUGUUCCCACAAUCCCAAUUGGAGAUGUCCCAGUAACUUCUUCAUGCUGCAUUGUCUCUGCCAUGUUGGUUGUGACCUGUGAGAGAAAAAAGCAGGAUUGUACAAUACAUUGACUGAUACGUGGGUAUAUAUGACGUAUGGCUGUUGUGUUGGUUCUUGCAGAAGCAAAAAGGUUCUAAAAGACAGAAAACCUGAGGCGAUUGGGCAGCAAUGUUUGCUCCAUGAUAUGCCUGCUGUAGAUGCGCUGAAUUACAGCGCCUUGAAAAUUUUGGAGAUGGGCUGCCUAUAAGUUUUAUACCUGCUCAAUACCACCCUGCAGCUUGCAAAUAUGGCCUGCCGCAAGAAUCAAAACUAGCCAUGGUUCAACGUGGACAGUUGUUGGCACAAACAAGACAUGUCUUAAUGCUAUUGUAGCCUUCCUGCUUCACACGCAGAACGGGAGAAGUGACCAGCCUAGGCAACAUGGCAUGGGAGAAAUAGAUGGAAAGGUUGAGUGGUUGACGUGGCCACUAAAUGGAAUCACAUGAACCCUUAAAGACAUGUACCAAAAGAGGAAGAAAAGAGGAAGGAGUGGGAGGACAGCAGAGGAAGGAAAGGUGCAGCUAGCAGCUUGAGCGUUGAGGACACUGAGCCAGGUAGUUUCCAACUAGCCUUGGGGGUCCAAUGAUGCAAUGAUUCUUGCCUGUAAUCAUCCAUGCAAGUGGAGAAAAAGGUGAAUCAAACCCUGUUAGAUCCUGGGGAAUAGUUAUAUACAUAACAAUAGAUACUCUACAGCAUAAAGCUGGCUUAUGCGACUUUAAACAUUUUUUAAACUUGCCAUCCACACGACCACACAUUAGCUCAUGGUAACCACAGUUCACAGCUGCAUAUAUAGUAACACAGGGAGCUGGGAGGUAGAGAGCCUAGCUUCUCUUUGGUCUCUCGCUCGCUGCGUUGCCUUCCUGUCUUGGAGCCUCAAUGGCUACCAUCAAAGAGGAGUCCGACUACGACAGCAGCCGGUCCUCGCUCACGGCGCCAGGCUCCCGCAGGAGCUGGAUCAGUGACAUUGGCAGCUCAAGCUCGGUCUCGGUGCGCUCCUUCGGCCGAGGCUGGGAUACACCAGCCGCGUCAUGCCGCCACAAGCCUCACAAGGCGAACCAGGCCGAGUGGGAGGCCAUCAGGCGCGUCCGUGCUACCUCAGGCCGCGUCGGCCUGGAGCACUUCCGCCUGGUGCGGCGUCUGGGCAGCGGCGACCUGGGGAACGUCUACCUCUGCCAGCUGCGUGAGCCGUGGUCGACCGGGUGCCUGUAUGCCAUGAAGGUGGUGGACAAAGACGCGCUGGCGUUCCGCAAGAAGCUGCGGCGAGCGGAGGUGGAGCGUGAGAUCCUUCGCACGCUCGACCACCCCUUCCUGCCGACAUUGUAUGCCGACUUCGAGGCGUCGCACUACGCCUGCCUCGUGAUGGAGUUCUGCCCCGGCGGGGACUUGCAUGUUGCCCGGCAGCGGCAGCCCGGCAGGCGGUUCAGCAUCUCCUCGGCGAGGUUCUAUGUGGCCGAGACGGUGCUAGCCCUGGAGUACCUGCACAUGAUGGGGGUGGUGUACAGGGACCUCAAGCCGGAGAAUGUCCUCGUGCGCGGCGACGGCCACAUCAUGCUCUCGGACUUCGACCUCUCCCUCAAGUGCGACGUCGUCCCGAGGCUGCUCCGUCACAACAGCCUCCCCCACAAUGUCAGUGCUGCAGGUGGCGGGAGAACAGACGCCGGGAAGCCGUCCUGCGUGCCGCCGAUCCAGCCGGUGCUGUCGUGCCUGUUCAACGGCGUGCACAAGUGCAAAGCAAAGGAGGGCGCGCCAAAGCCCGGCGACAACGGCGGCGAGGCGGACAGCGCCGCCGGCGACAGGACGUCGGAGCCCGGUGACAGCAAUCCGGAGCUGGUAGUGGAGCCUGUCUCCGCGCGGUCCAAGUCGUUCGUGGGCACGCACGAGUACCUGGCGCCGGAGGUGAUCUCCGGGCAGGGCCACGGCAGCGCCGUCGACUGGUGGACGCUGGGGGUGUUCAUGUACGAGAUGAUGUACGGGCGGACGCCGUUCAAGGGCGAGAACAACGAGAAGACGCUGGUCAACAUCAUCAAGCAGCCGCUGGCCUUCCCGCGUGUCGCGGUGGCCAGCGGCAGGGAGUGGGACGAGCACCUGCGCGCGCAGGACCUGAUGACCCAGCUCCUGGCCAAGAACCCCAAGAAGCGGCUGGGCAGCUGCACGGGGUCGGCGGAGGUGAAGAGGCACGACUUCUUCAAGGGCGUGAACUGGGCGCUCGUCAGGUCAGUCCGUCCCCCCGAGGUGCCCAAGCCGCCGGUGGUGCCGGCGCCGGCGCCGGCGCAGAAGAAGGUGCUGAUGAUGAGCAGGAAGGAGCGGCAGGAGCCGUACAACUACAACCCCCGGUCCGACGAGCGCUUCGAGUACUUCUAGGUCGUCGAUUGCGUGGCGUCGAUCUCGAUCGUUUGAAGUACGGCAGCAUGUGUUGGUGAUGAAAGUGUACAUAGAGCAGCACGACGUACGUACGUAUACGUACGCACGCUCUUGAAGAUCGGAGCAUGCAUGGACCAAUCAGGCUCGCUGUAGGGAUCGUGGUUGCGUAUCGAUCUGGCCAAUAAAGAUUUUUGCAGCUUCUCGUUUUUA